AUGGAAUUCUCGCAACCACCUCCGUCAGUUGAUGCCGCACCGUCGGUACAACAUUUCGCCAACCCGCCACCCAUUAACCGCAUCCUUAGCUACCAGCAUCCGCAGCCACCGAAGCAGCAAUUUAACUUCUACCACCACAAACCGUACCACCACUUCAAUGGGUUUCGCGGCGGCGGCCCAAUGUCGCAGGAUGAUUUCGAUGGCAAGCGGCUCCGGAAGUCGGUUAUGCGCAAAACAGUCGACUACAAUGCUUCCAUCAUAAAGGCGCUUGAGUGUCGCACCUGGCAACGGGACCAUCGUGACAGGCGUGCCCUGCAGCCGGAGAGCAUCUACAUUCCCGAACUGUUGCCACCGCCAAGCUACAUGGACAAUCCAAGCAAUGCGGUCACGACCCGCUUCGUUAAGACGGCUACGAACAAGAUGCGCUGUCCGAUCUUCACGCUUGCCUGGACGCCGGAAGGACGCCGGUUAAUUACCGGGGCGAGUUCCGGCGAGUUCACGCUGUGGAAUGGGCUUAUGUUUAAUUUCGAGACAAUUCUUCAGGCGCACGAUGUGUCGGUGCGUACGAUGGUGUGGUCACACAACGACAACUGGAUGGUAACUGGUGAUCAUGGCGGAUACGUCAAGUACUGGCAGUCGAACAUGAACAACGUGAAGAUGUUCCAGGCCCACAAGGAUCCGAUACGUGGAAUCAGCUUCAGCCCAUCGGAUGCGAAAUUUGCCAGCUGCAGUGAUGACGGUACGGUGCGGGUGUGGGACUUUCUACGCUGCCAGGAGGAACGGGUGCUGCGUGGGCAUGGUGCGGACGUCAAGUGCGUUCAUUGGCACCCGCAAAAGGCGCUGAUCGUGUCCGGCAGCAAGGACAACCAGCAACCGAUCAAGCUUUGGGAUCCCAAGUGCGGCCAAGCGCUUGCCACACUACAUGCCCACAAAUCGACGGUGAUGGAUUUGAAGUGGAACGAUAACGGUAACUGGCUGGUAACGGCUUCCCGCGAUCACCUGUUGAAGCUGUUUGAUCUGCGAAAUCUCAGCGAGGAGGUGCAGGUGUUCCGUGGCCACAAGAAGGAAGCGAGCGCGGUAUCGUGGCAUCCGAUACACGAGGGUCUGUUCGCUUCCGGUGGUUCCGAUGGGUCGAUUCUGUUCUGGAACGUGGGCACCGACAAAGAGGUGGGUAGUAUCGAUAUGGCACACGAUAGCAUCGUCUGGACGUUGGCAUGGCAUCCGCUCGGGCACAUACUUUGUUCGGGCUCGAACGAUCACACGGUAAAGUUUUGGACGCGCAAUCGGCCCGGCGAUCAGAUGCGUGACAAGUACAAUCUCAACACGCUGCCCGCCAGCCUCGCCGGUUUGGACGAGUGUGAGCUGGAGGAGCACAUCGUCAUUCCCGGCAUGGGCCCGGAGGAUAAGGUGGACAUCGUGGAAAGUAUUGCGACGAAGGAGGCGGGUCCGAUUCCGGGUCUGGAUCUGAAUCAGAACAGUUUUAACGAGAAGAUGCGCGAGAAGAAGAUACCGUACAGUAAACCGAUCCCGCGCAACUUCCAGGCACAGUGGAAUGAAUCGAGCAAACUGGACGAUCAUUCUACCGCUGCGGACGAAAUCAAGGAAGUGAUCUCACAGAUCGUUGACAGUGGACCGAUGGCGCCGAAGAAACCGCUACCGACCGCAAUAUCGUUAUACGAGCGCACGGUUGCGGUGAUACCGGACAGUCCACUGGAGCAGGCGAUUAGUGAAGGAACGGAAGCGCUGAAUCGAUUCAUCGAGCAGGGUGGCAUCCCGGAGCUGCACGAUAUAUUCCCACCGCUGGAGGAACCGGAACCGCCAUCGAACGGCGAUGAGGAGCAACCUCCGAAACCACCUGCCAAACGAGCACGGCUCGACGUCGAACCAAAGUUCUUUUACGGUCCGCUGCCACUCAUUGUGGAUCCACCGGAGCAAUCGCGCGAUUCGGUCCAUUCGGUGGACGAUUCGGCAUCACGAUCGAAGGAUGAUCUUACAUUCGAUCCGAAGCUACCGUCGCUACUGCAGUUGGACGUAAAUCCACCGGUAACGGUACAGUUCAACACGAACGAUCCGAUAGAAGUUGGUGCCAAUCGGAACUGGAAGGGUCGGGAUCGGGACAAGCACCGGGAAAAGCGUGAUCUCGAGGAGGAUAAAAAGAUCUGGAAAGAGUACAACGAUCGCAACUGGGACGAGGAAGAUGACGAUUCGGUGAUGAUAGUGGAACCACCCUCGUCUUCUUCUGCCAUGCGAUCCGAUACGCCCGUCAGUCAGAAUACCAACAGUAAUGGCCAGUGGAUGCCGGAGUAUGAUAACGAUAUGCCACCGGGUCCACCGCCCGGAAUGCACGGUAUUGCACCAUGGCAGAUGGCGAACAAUGGUGGCGGUGGUAUUCAACAUCCGGCAGGGAUGCCACCAUUUGGAGGUGGUGGACCAUUCGGCGAUGACGACGGUGGUCGAGCGAUGGAUGCAUUUAAUCUACAGCGACCGCCACCACCGAUUCCCGGUGGACCGCCUCCAUUCGGUAAUUCGAACCCAUUCGCCAUGAUGGGUGGCGGUCAGAAUGAGGACGAAGGUGGCUUUUCCAACAACAAUAACAACAACAACAAUAAUCAUAAUGCCGGAAAUCAUAGGAACGACUUCAAUCGGGGUGACGAUUGGAUGCGCAACGAUGGUGGUGGAAACCAUAGGGGUAACCAUCGAAAUAGGGGUGGUGGUCGAGAUUUCCGGGACGAUCGAGGCGGUCGAGGAAGGGAUCGCGGGUUUGGAAGGCGGAGAAACUGA